AUGGACAGCUACGAGCGCAAGAUUGGAUGCUUUAUCCAGAUCCCAAACGUGGGUCGUGGUCAAUUGAAGUAUGUGGGGUCUGUUGAUGGAAAACCAGGGACUUUUGUAGGAGUUGACUUGCUUGCCAAUAUCGGCAAGAAUGAUGGAACUUUCCAAGGCAAACGGUAUUUCGAGACUGAAUACACUCAGAGUGGACUCUUUAUACAGUUGCAGAAGGUGGCAGGACUGAUAGAUGCGGCUACGCUGGGCAAUUCGUCCAGACGAACGACUUUUGGAGAAACACACGCAGGUGACAGUAGAAUGUCCGAAAUGAGCAUUGCGAAGUCCCCCACACCGCUAAAACCGGGUUCCCGACACAGUUCAACGGCAUAUUCAGACGCCAUGGAUGUGGAUGGAGAGGAGCGUCGUCAAAGAAGCAUCAGCUCCCAAUUAAAUCGUGGCAGUAACCUCGAGCUCAGAUUCCAACAGCAAACGCAGGAGCUGUUGCACUGCAGAAAGUUGUUGAGCGAGCAACAAACUGUGCUGGAGGAAAUUCACCCGGCGAUCGACAAUUACGAGUCGAAGCUGCAACAGAUAGAGAGCCAAAAUGCGACUUUGGAGGCACAAUUGGCUAAAGAACGAGAGACGCUUUCGAAGCAGAAACAAUAUUUCGAAACGGAGCACGAGCAAUUGCUGUCCGUUGUGGAGGAGUUACAUACAGAGAUUCGCGAAAAUGAAAGGCGGAUGCUGGAAGUGCAGCAAGCACAGCAAGCGCAGCCCCCACUGCCGACGGACUCAACCAUAGCCGAGCUACAGGCAGAAAAUGAUGCGUUACGUGAAGAAGUCGAGACGCUGAAGAGGUGGCGUUCGGAACAGAGCACUGCUGCCGCCAAGUGGGAAAAAGAACGGGAUCAGUUCAAACUUCAAAACGAGUCCCUGAGCUCAGAGUAUCAGUACAUUUCGAGAGAGCUACAGGAAUCGCUGCGAAAACAGGACCAAACGGCUGCCCUGUUGGUGAAAGCACAGGCUCAAGCACAUGCACCUGCUCUUGUCACCAACGCAAAUUCGCCAGAUCCUAACCCUCAAGUCGAAAAGCUAAAAUUACAGCUGGCAACUGCAAAUGCCAAAGUGAAGGCCUUGGAAUCCUCUUCUAGACCUAGCACCCCUGCAUUGACAACUGCUUCCGAUCCCGCAGAGCAAGAACCCGAGCCCGAGCCAAAUGUCAAUCUACAGUCUGAAUCCCUGCCCCUGUUCAUACCCAAAAAAGCAGACCGCGCCGCUGGACGUCAAAAAUGGUGUGCUCUAUGCGAGAGAGACGGCCACAACAGUGUGGACUGUCCCUACGAGAACGAUCAACUCUUCUAG